AACAGCUACAUAACCGAUAGCAUCUUCAAUUCAGAGUCCGUCCUGUUUUAUUGAUUGUUGAUAACAGUCAGCAUGGCGGGUCUUAAGAAUACAUACACGUUGUCUUCGACAAUUAAACUUCCGAACGGAAAUCUGAUGCCGUUGAUCCAAUUAGGAGUGUACCUAACUUCAGGACGAGAGACAGAAAAUGCAGUCAAAUAUGCGUUGGAAGCCGGCUAUCGGGGAAUUGAUAGUGCCCAGCAAUACCGAAAUGAGAGGGAGGUCGGUCGGUCCAUCCUACAAUUCCUCGAAUCGGAAAAGACAAAGCUGGAUGGGCUGAAACGGGAGGAUAUCUUUUUCACCUCCAAGCUCGCAAGUAACAUCAGCUACGACGCCACACGGCAGUCGAUCAAGAAGUCAAUCCAAGCCUCCGGAUUGGGGUACAUUGAUCUCUUCCUAAUCCACUCCCCGUACGGCGGGAAGAAAAAGCGGCUUGAAUGCUGGCGGGCGCUGGAAGAUGCGUACGCCGAGCGAGAAAUUCUGGCGGUUGGUGUUAGCAACUACGGCAUCAAGCACCUUGAGGAGCUGCUCGGGACGAACCCCCGAGUACGGCCGGCCGUGAAUCAGAUCGAGGUGCACCCGUUCAACACGCGGACCGAAAUUGUCUCGUUCUGCCAACAAAACGACAUCGUAGUGGAAGCAUAUGCUCCGCUGGCUCGGGCAUACCGGUUCCGCCAUCCCACCAUUGUUGCGCUCGCCGAGAAAUACGGCUGCACACCGGCUCAGCUGAUGGUGCGCUGGAGUCUGCAGCACGGGUAUGUGCCUCUGCCGAAGAGCAGCCAGGCAGACCGCAUUGUCUCCAAUGCACAGGUUGGUGGAUUUGAGAUUGGGGACGAGGACAUGCAGGUGUUGGAUGGGUUGGAUGAAUACUUGGUGACUGACUGGGACCCUGUGGACGCGCCAUAAGGAUCAGAUGUACAGCGUAUACACUUCAUCACUUGUAGAGCACAGGAUGUAUACUAGAUCUAAUCAGAUCAGAUAACAAAUCGCAAAAGUAAUGGCCCAAUCACAGCGCCGGGCGCCUUAUCUCUGCUCCCCGAUGGUCGGCAGCCCAUUGCAGCCUCAGGCAGCGAAAUGCGAGUCACGGGACUCCGAUGGUCGGCCUCUUCUGCUGCUUGCUUUUUCUGUGCAAGCCAGACUCAGCCGUAUAAAAUUGGUAUGACCAUAAAAAUUAGGAGAUGGGCGACCUCCUAGCUUGUUUCUGCCUACAAAACGAGAACCGCCAGAACCGCCGGUGGCAAUUUCGCAACUCUCACCGGUACACGGUCGAGCAAGCUUCUGCUAGGCUGGAGAUUAGCCAUUAUUAUUUGCAUUAGAUAUCUAAUCGUGUAUUGAAUUCCCCAGCCAAUAUGCCGUACGGGGGUGUCGGCGUAGAUAACUAUA